CGUGCUCUGGCCCACGCGCUGAGAUCAAGGUCCCCUCGGUGACGUCUGUGUCCCCUCUGCUUCCAGUGGCCCCCUGCCAUAUUUAUUCAUGCCGGGCAAGAUGGCGGCGAUACGGACGGUGUGUUAUUGCGAGUGGACAUAAACAGGCAUUUUAUUUAAAAUACAAAACCUAGUCAGAUACAUUGGCACACUUGACCGUGUUGUCUGGGUAUAUACCUCGCAACAAGCGUCGUCGUCUUUUUUUUAUUUCACGCGUUUCCACCUUCUUUUCUUACAAAAUGUUCACGUUGUAGCUCGCUCGCUAACAGACCAGCUGGCUAACAGAGAGCAGUUGCUAGCUAGCGAUCUACCACAGCCGAGCCGCCGUGAAGUGGAGAAUGGGAGAAAAGCUGGAGCUAAAGCUCAAAUCGCCGGUUGGAGCAGAACCUGCUGGCUAUCCGUGGCCAUUACCAGUAUACGAUAAACACCAUGAUGCUGCUCAUGAAAUCAUCGAGACCAUUCGGUGGGUGUGUGAAGAGAUCCCAGACCUCAAACUGGCCAUGGAAAACUACGUACUCAUUGACUACGACACCAAGUGCUUCGAGAGUAUGCAGAGACUUUGUGACAAGUACAACAGGGCCAUCGACAGCAUUCACCAGCUGUGGAAAGGGACUACCCAGCCCAUGAAGCUAAACAAGCGGCCUUCCAACGGGCUGUUGAGACACAUCCUACAGCAGGUGUACAACCACUCAGUUACCGACCCCGAGAAGCUGAACAACUAUGAGCCCUUCUCCCCGGAGGUGUACGGAGAGACCUCUUUCGACCUGGUGGCUCAGAUCAUCGACGAAAUGGAAAUGAUGGAAGAUGACACCUUUGUUGACCUCGGCAGCGGAGUGGGGCAGGUAGUGCUGCAAGUUGCAGCAGCAACCAACUGUAAACACUACUACGGUGUAGAGAAAGCAGACAUUCCAGCUACCUAUGCAGAGACAAUGGAUAAAGAGUUUAAAAAGUGGAUGAAAUGGUACGGAAAGAAACAUGGGGAGUACACACUGGAGAGAGGAGACUUUCUGUCUGAAGAAUGGAAAGACAGAAUUGCCAACACAAGUAUUAUUUUUGUGAAUAACUUUGCCUUUGGUCCAGAGGUAGAUCACCAGCUGAAGGAGCGCUUUGCUAACAUGAAGGAAGGUGGAAAAAUUGUAUCUUCCAAACCUUUUGCACCUUUAAAUUUUAGAAUAAACAGUCGAAAUUUAAGUGAUAUUGGCACAAUAAUGCGUGUGGUGGAGCUUUCUCCUCUGAGAGGCUCUGUGUCCUGGACUGGAAAGCCAGUUUCUUACUACCUGCAUACCAUAGACCGCACUAUACUUGAAAACUAUUUUGCUAGUCUCAAAAAUCCUAAACUCAGGGAAGAGCAGGAGCUAGCAAGGCGACGUCAGCAGAAGGACACAAAGGACAAUAAAAGCAAUAGCACAACGCCCACAAAACCUAAAGAACAACACAAGCAGGACUCCUGCGGUGAGGACGAGCGUCCUAGCUUGGUGGCGGUGGUCAAGCCCCCCGCCAAACCCAGAAGAGCCCGGCUCCUGCCCAAAGGUCGCAAGUUGAACAACAAGAAACGUGGUCGACCCAAGAAAGCAGCGCCGGCUGUUGAGAAGAAAAACAAGAAGAAUCAGAGCGCCUUGGAUCUGCUGCACGCCAAGACCCUUUCUGCAGCGCCCCCUCAGGAUGCUUACCGGCCACCUCAGGCUCCCUACUACCAGCUACCUCCCAAGGUCCAGCUCUAUCCUUCUACUCAACUACUUCUGAGUCCGACUCCUCCCGGUCUGCAGCAACUGCUAGAUAACAUCAAAGUUCAAUACCUCCAGUUUAUGACCCACAUGAAGACUCCUCAGUACCGCUCCAACCUGCAGCAGCUUUUAGAACAGGAGAAGCAAAAACACAGGGACCUGUCAGGGCAGGCGGAGCAGCUCCACUCUGUUUGUCAGUCUCACAAGGACAAGAUCAAAGGUCUCUUUCAGACCAAACUAGACGAGCUGGGAGUGAAAGCCUUGACAGUGGAGGACCUGCUGCAGGCUCAGAAGGAGAUAUCAGCCCACAAUCGUCAGCUGAAAGAACAGACUAAGCAGCUUGAGAGAGACAUGGCCUUGCUGAGAGACCACAGCCUGCUACUGCUGAAGUCUCGAUGUGAGGAGCUAAAGCUAGAUUGGGGCUCUUUGUGUCUGGAGAGUUUGUUGAAGGAGAAGCAGGCGCUACGCAGACAAAUCUCUGAGAAGCAGAGACACUGCUUGGAGUUGCAGAUCAGCAUUGUGGAGCUGGAGAAAAGUCAAAGGCAGCAGGAGCUGCUUCAUCUAAAGUCCUACAGUCCCUGUGAUGGCUCCCCGUACAGGAAAAACCUGGAAUCACGCUCUUCCACAGACAUGGACUCCUCUAAGCUUGGCCUGUGCUCGGCCCCGGCCCUCAACGGAGUCAGCCCAGAUCUGUCUAUCAACGGCACCAGCUCACCCUGUUUUGACCGGACCAACACCAAGGGGGAGCUUCUUUCUCGCUACCUGCCCAUCUCUCCAGACCAUGAGAUUGUACCCGCCAUCGAUGCCCGACAGAGGCAGCAGAAUUCCUCCUACGCUCUUCCUGAUUACACACGCUUCUCCCCCGCCAAGAUCGCCUUGCGGAGGCACCUUAACCAGGAUCCCAAUGCCUCUGCUCACUUGAGAGGUCCAGGGCUGACCACACACAGGGAUUUGGGUGGUGUUUAUUCUCCGCUCGGAGCCAAACUGAACUGCCCCUCUCCCAAUGCGUGUGAUGCCCAGAAUAAAGGCUUCGAGAGGGGCGGCAAGGAGAGGAGCCCAUCUGUUCAGGGGGACAACAGCAUUAAGAGCCUUCCAAUAAGUAUUCCUCUGAGCACUGUCCACCCAAGUAAACUACCAGUCAGCAUCCCUCUGGCCAGCGUGGUGCUGCCCAGUCGUGUUGAGAGACUGAGAAGUACUCCGAGUCCUGUGUCUCAAGCAGGUCAGACCAAUGGAUAUUUAUCGAGCUCAGGGCUGAUGAAUGGAGGUCCCCAUCCCGAGGAUUAUAAUGGUGCUGCUUCCUCACCUCCUCCACACCUCAACGCUCCUUUGACAGGACCGAUGGGCAGAGGAGGUCCCAUCCAAAGCCCGCCGCUCGGCACUGGAGGGGUGCUCCAGUAUGCGGACGGACCCCCGCGGAUUCUUCCAGAAGACGGACAGGAUCGUCAAGGAGGUGAAUCUGACACGGAGCCCCAGGACAGCGAACUGCGGAGGAGAAUCUUCUUCUCCUCUUCCUCCUCUUCAUCCUCGUCUUCCUCUUCGUCAGGCAGUGGAGGCAGCGCGGCCGGAGGAUUACGCCUCCACCAUCACACUGGAAACAAGCAGGGAUACCACAGUAACCAUGGAAACCACCACCACCAGUCCCCCGCCACACAGCACACUCACACACCCACACAUAUGUCGUCUUCACACUCCUCUCACGGCCUCGGCUGUCAAGAGGGCCGUAAGCGGGGGAGAAGGAAACGCAACUCUACGAUGGCUGUCACAGCCAGCGGAUCCCCGAAGAGGAGGUCAUUCCCCGGGCUCAGCUCCAACAACCACUCCUCAGGAUCGCCACUCAACAUUAACUCCAUGGUGAACAACAUCAACCAGCCUCUGGAGAUCUCCGCCAUCUCCUCCCCGGAACAAUCAAGCCGCAGCCCCGGUGGGCCCGACCUGGACCAGCCUCCCGUCUUGAAGAGAGAGCGCCCCCUGGAGGUCAAUGGCACGGGUCGUUACUCCUCUGCCCCCAGCUCUGACGACGAGGACUCGGGAUACCCUGCCGACAGCUCCAGUUCACGAAUUGAAAGAAAAAUUGCCACUAUAUCCUUGGAGAGCAGAGAUGGGCCUGGUCGACUCGGGGAUGGUGAAAGAGUCAGGAAGUCUGGUAGCAGCAGUGGUAAUAGCACAGGCAGUGAUGGCUCCUCUUCAUCCUCCUUGUCCUCUAACAGCAAGUGGAAAUCCACCUUUUCACCCAUUUCUGACCCCAAGCAACCCAACUCUGACCUGAGACAGGGGGGCUCUCCAUUCGGCAUGGGGGGGUCCGGCCGGGGCACAGACUCUGAUUCUGACCACAAACAACAGCAUCAGCAGAUUAGGAAAGGAAGUGAAGGAGAGUCAUCCAGCUACAUGAACCCCAACCCCUUCCUCAGUCAGGAGGCAGGGCCCCGGGGUGGAGGCAGCGGUGGCGGUGGUGGUGCCCAGGGAGGCGGUGGUUCAGACCAACGCCAGGCCCUCCAGAAACAGAAGGCCCCUCGAGACUGGGAGCUGAAGACGAGCAGCAGCCUGGCCAGUCAGAACCUCUUCAUAUCUGCUGCUACCAGCAGUGGUGGGGGCAUUCUGAGUGGGAAGGUGGGGGGCAGUCCUGUAGCAGUUUCCUCCACCACAGGAUCCUCUGUGGGGCAGUACCUGGGGUCUCAGUUCCCACUCGGAGGUGCCUCAGUCUUACAGUCCUUGUUCGGCGCCCAGACGGGCGGGUCCACGGUGAGUGGGACUCCGAGGCUCGUCAACGGACACUCUGCCCUGGGAAGCUUCUCCAGUGCCGGGCUGGCAGGGGGAGCGGCUGGAGGUAUAUUUCACCACGUGGUUCCCACAGUGUCCUCCCAUCAGUUUGGGGUGACGCUGCCCACCUCUGGAGGCCUCAGCUCUCUGCUCAGUCUCUCUUCCUCUACCUCCUCCCAAAUCCAGCAGCACACCACUCCCCAACCAGCCUCCACGCGCCUGGCCUCCGUGUCGUCACCUCUCCCCCUCUCCCAGGCACAGCACAGUCGCACCCAGUCGGUCCUGCAUAGCGCCUCUCCUCCCACGCUCACCCUGCCUCCUCCUCCACCCCUGCACAGCACCUCCUCCUCAGCACCCACGCACUCUGACGCCCCGCCAUCAUCUCGAUCAGACUCUUCCCGUCUGUCCCACUCCUCUCUCCACCACCAGAGAGCACAGUCAUCCCUCUCUCUCUCCAUCUCCACCUCUGCCUCCUCUGCUUCUGUCUCUGCUGCCGCUGCCGCUGCUUCUUCCCUCUCUUCUUCCCCUCUGUCCCACUCCUCGUCUCGUCCAUUCGCAGUGCACUACUCCCCUCGACUGCCCCCUCCACCACAGGCCAGCAGCUCAGGUGGUGGCGGGAGCAUGUGGAGGACUCAAGGCAUGCAUGGUACCUACACGACCUCCCAGCUUCCCGGCUCCCGACCUAGAUAGGGUUUGGGGGUGAGGGGAAGGGGGGAGGAUGGAGAGGGGAAGGGCGCAGGGCAAUCAGAAGGUGGAAAGGAGAGAAUGAGUGAGAGAAACAGGAUACCUGUUUUUCUUGUCCCCACUUAAGCUGUUGUUCUGAUUGAACAAGGUAAUUGUUGAAAACUACCUCAAAAUUUAAAUAAACUAUGCAAAUGUCCAGGUGUGGACCAAGACACUCCUCACUCACUGGUGCUUCAAAACAACUGCACAACCCAAUCGCCUCCAAGACCGGCUUCUGUACUGGGAUCUCUGAGACACACACACACACACACACACACACUAACCACCACUAUGGUCACCUUGAGCAGAAUUCAUAGGUACUGGUCAUGUCUGUGUGGAGUGUUUGAAAAUGUAAAAUAUGUAAAUCAGUACUGGCUGCUGCUCAGCACUGAAUGAACUGGUUUAAAGGUGCUCAAUAGAACAGCGUGUCUUUUUUUUUUUGUCUUAUUAUAGCAACUAGCAAAACAAUCUGAAUCUCAUCAUGCGUCACGUUCCUUCCAAAGUUUCACCUCAUGUGCAUGUGUUUGUACACACACACACACACGCACACACACACACACACACACAGAGACCAGUUCAUUGAACUCUGCUGAGAUGUCAUGCAGUGUCGCCUGCAUGCCGGCUCUCGUUUGUUUUCUUCCUACAGUGAAAUUUAAUGUUCGUUGCAAAAAUAUUUGAGAAUGAAACAAGAUGAGGAACUUAGUAUUUUGGUCUAACGUCACACUGGAUAGUAAGAUUCAGUUACUCGUGUAGCAGAAGAUAUGUUAGUCCCGGCUGGUUUGUUGACUCCCCUUAAAAUCUGCUUUAGUUGAUGAUUUACAAUAUUUUCAUGUUUUACAAAAUGUUAAAAGAAAUGGGUCACGUACUGUGAAGUCUCUAUUUAAAAGCAAAGUGGUACAGGAAUAGGAAAACGUUCUUCCUUUGCUAUUAACUAGAGCAAAUCCAAUUUAAGUUCACAUUAUGAGUGAUGCAAAUCAUUCUCAAGUGUGGCUCUCUUCUCAUAUCAGAUAUUUAACAUAUCAGUGAAAGUUUCUUUACUGUUGUGACAGUAAUCAGGCAUAUUUAAUCAUCAGAAGAACAUCAGUGUAUGUUUUGAAGUCUGAAAACAAGAAUGUUCAGAUUUCAGCCUUUUAUUUUGAAAAUAUGGUGAAUUAGCAACAUAUCAACGGGUGCCAAUAAUGCUGAGCAGAGGACGUUUCCUUUUCUUUCCUUUUUAAAGGACCCCAAGACAUUAAUUUAAUGAUGGUGCUACGUAGACAUUUUUUUAGCCACUUUCUGUAUUUAUUAACAUUUUCUUCUCACUCAAUCUGGUAAAUCACACUACGAUGUGGGAACGCAGCCGAAAUACUCUUACAGCAGGAAUUUCUAACUCUUCUUAAGCUAAACUUAUUCAUAUUUAUCUCUGCUGUUGGGAAAUGCAGGUUUAAGCAAAUGUUUAGGAAAUAAAAUGUGGACACGUUUGUGGAAUUAUACCGCAUUAUAGUUGGAAGCAAACACACGUGCACACUCAUGCAUGCAAAGCCUCACACACUGAGAAAACAUUGAACCACAAACAAAACUACUGGACUCUUCACACCUUUUUUUUUUAUUUUUGUUUGUUUGCUUUGGUUUUUUUUUUAUUGUGUAAUUAGUUUUUUGUAUAAAAAAAAAAAAUUUGUACUGUGAAUGUGAUUCAUUCUCCGACUGUAUAGUUGUGUAUAAUUUAGAUUAUUAUAUUUAUGCUGUCAGUCUCUCCAUUUGCCUUUGGUAUUUGUUUUUCUCCUUAAAAAAAAAAAAAAAAAAAAAUCCUGAAAUGUGUUGACAUUGUAGAAUGCAAUAGUGUGUGUACUUGACUCACGGUCUGAAAACAAUGGUGCUACAUUUGGACUUUACCUGAUUUUAUUUAUUCUAGAGUGAAGAAUGGAGUACUUGGUGCUGUACACGGGGACUUUUUUAAGGCAUUUUUUUGGCAUUUUCUUUCUCAUAUUUAAUAUGCUAUUGACUGGUUCUUUUAAAAUGCCUAGUGUACAACUGUAGACUCCGAUUUUGAUAAAACUGCUCUGCAGCAGCUGGCUCAGUCUGAGUAAACAGCUAUGAGGACUGUUCAUGUUUCUCACGCCACAGUUUUAAACAGAAGUCUGCGUCGCUCUCACAAAGCGAGCUGCUUAUCGGUCAGUGAACGAGACACACUGUUUUUGUGCAUAACUUUUUGUUUUUCCUUGUAUGUCUCCAUAAACAGAAAAGUAUAUAAAAUAUAUAUCUAUAUACAGUCUAAAAAAUAUAAGUAUAUAUAUAUAUUGGAGUGGAGAGGGGUGUGUUGGCGCUGGCAUUGUGACUUUCAACUCGACCUGUUAAACAGGAGGCUUGAAGCCAAAGGAGAGGAGCUUUGCCACCACAGGAACUUCUUGUGACAGAACUAGAAACUCAAAAGCUGUGUGUCUUUAACACAGACGAACGGUGCUGUGGCUUGAAAACAACUAGAUCCUUGCACUAGAACUGUCAUCACUUGUUUUUACUUGUUUUGUUUCUUUCAUUUCUUUUUUUUUUUUUAUCGACCCAGAUUCUGCAGGAAAAAAAAAAUGGUGCUUCUGUUUCCAAACGAUGGCAAUUCAGUUCUUAUAAACUAAAUCUUCACUGGUGCAUACAAAACUACAUGUCCACAUCGUACACUGUCUGUCUUUAGAUGUCUUACUGACAACCUUGAGCAUAUUGUGUCCUUGCACAGACAUGCUGAUGUAAAACUCUUGUGUUAGGAUGUAUGUGUGCAUCACUGUGUCGGGAGUGAAGGCAUCUAAGCUUCCCUUUUUUCUCUUGGUAGUGGGAAUACACUUAAGCUCAGUUUGUGUGUGUGUGUGCUUUUUCCCCUACUUGCUGGUGCGUAUCUAAGGGAAGAUUAGACUAAUAAUCAAAGCUUUAUUGUAAACUCCUGUAAACUCACAAAUGUGUUGCUCACAAAAAGAAGUAAAAUCAUUUUAGAUCAUAAUUAGUGACUAUAGUCCGUUUGUUACCAGCGCUGAGAGAUCUUUUGUAAUUAUUGUUGAUGCUGUUUUGAUUUUCUUAUUCUUGGUGUUUGAUACAAUUGCAGAUGCAUGUUAUGCUUUUAAUGGCAUCUUCAGACUCCUGUCAGUUUUUAAUACUACUUGUCAGACGGGACAGCACGGUGCUCUCCUUCACUUAAAACAAGGAAAUUGCAGCUAUUGAUAAAUACUACUCUUCUCCUGUUGUGCUGCAGGGUUUUAUGGUUUAAUAAUCUUCAACACGAGCUUGCCUGGCGGCUUUCUGACGAUCCAGUUUAACCUACGGACAAAUUCUCUAAUCUGGAGAGGCGGCGUGGUGUGUGUGUGUGCGUGUGUGUGUGUGCAAGUGAGAAUAGUUUGUGGGAACGGCAAAAUGUAUCAUUACAGAUUUCAACCAGUUUUGUAGCUACUUAUAUAAUCAGUCAACGGGACGAGGUGCUGUUAUUCAAGUCCUUUGGCGUAUGAGCAUGGUUUAAAUGAAAGCUUCUAUGCAGUUCUCCAGCAUGCUCCAUCCUGAUACAUUAUUGAUAAUCUGUGAGAGUUUUGCGGUCGAGGCCGUUUUACUCUAAAUCCUGCCAAAGGUCUAAACUCAGGAACUUCCCAAAUGGCUUGAAAUUAUAUAAACAACUUUCUUAAAACUACUGCAUGUCACAAACCUAUUCCCCAUGUGGUGGCAUGAUAACGUCCAUUUUUAAACUCUAACUCAGGACCAGGAAGAACCCUGUAAGUGUAUUUUUAGGUAGAAAUUCAAAGUCAGAUCUCCUCAGAUUCAUUCUCACUGUCACAUACAUCCAGCGCCUGCAGUGAAAUCCAGCUUUAUAAAGCUUUACGAGUCCAGAAGCUGUGAAAUGGCUUCGACUUUCAGCAUCUUCCUCCUCUCACAAAUGCCUCUUGUCUAGAUUUGCUUCUCCCAAGAAUGAGAUUCUCAGUCCCUUUUUGUUUGGGAUUCUUCCCUGUAUGGGGUGCAGCCUGACACGGGACACAUGUGACCUGUAUUGGGGUGCAGCCUGACACGGGACACAUGUGACCUACACUUUGUGUACAGUGAUCUCUGAUCGGUGAAGCCAGGGCAGGUUUGAGGUGCAAUAACAGCAAACCUACUUUCCAAAAGGCCCUGAUGAAUUGUUACUGUUCGGUGUCGGUGCUUUUAUCCUAAGAUGUUGUUAUAAUGCAACAAAUGGAAUUCAUGUUUGUUUGUUUUUUCUCCCCUGCGUUUUAUGAUUAUUAAUAAAAAUGUUUCUUAUAAUAUUUGAA